AUGUCCGAGACCAGCGAUGCGCCGAAUUCCCCCCCGUCCGCGCGACAUGCGCUGGGUAUACCGCGACCCCCUUCCGUGGGCGGAAUCUCGUCGCGGAUGACUGAUAUGGCUUCAGACGACGGGGAGUCCUCCCAGGCAUUCACCGGUAUGUCGUCGCAACCGGCACGCUCGCGACCGUCGGUAUCCCGACGAGUGCCUCCGCCCGCAAGGAGCUCCAUCACAACCACGAGCCAGGCGACGACAAGACCCGGAAGUUCGGGGAGUCGUCUGAGCCGAUCUCACAUUCCUUCCCUGACGGCGCAGGGCUUUUUCCGUCCGAUGUCAUCCCAGCGACUCCAGGCCCAUCGAGGUCGACCGGUCACGAAAGGAGCUACAAGGGACACUUCGGAGGAAUGGGGCGAGCACGGAAGCCAGAACAGGCAGAGCCUGAUCUCGAAUAGCACCGCGCCUCGAGAAUCUCUUCCGCCAAUAGAUCAAGAGCCGCCUCCUUCCAGAGGCACCGAAUUCACAGAUCCAAUUAUCCCCGAUCGGACGGCGUCGAAUGCUAGCCCCAUGGGCAAUACCACUGGUCGGAGCAUGGGCGAGAGUGCGAAGCUUAUUCACGACAGGGAAAGGGCUUACAAGCUCAAACCACCACACCUCAGCCUGGGAGGCAAUCACGGCAGCCCGAUUACGGCUGAAGCGCCUCAAAGAUCGCCUCUGUCCUUUCUCUCGCUACAGAACAGGAGCCAAAUACAAGAAGCCCGCGACCGCGCGCAUGAGAGGCUCUCCUCUGCCGGGUCGACGCCUGCAUCAAUCGAGAAACAUCCCCCAUCCACCAAGCGCAGUCGGCUAGGGAGGAAUUACGAGUAUUUUGUCGGCAAUACGAUCUUCUUUGGCGGUGGAAGAUUGCAGAACUCGAGAGACAAGCCGGUCAAUAUUGCUACUGGAAUAUUGGUUGUCGUGCCGACGGCACUGUUCUUCGCAUAUUCGGCUCCAUGGUUAUGGCAUCAUAUCUCACCUGCUAUUCCGAUUCUGUUUGCCUACCUCUUCUACUUAUGCUUCUCCUCGUUCGUACAUGCUUCGGUUGUUGAUCCCGGGAUCAUUCCGCGGAAUCUUCACCAGCUCCCUCCGCCGGACCCUUCAGAUGAUCCUUUGGCAGUCGGUCCGCCAACCAAUGAUUGGGUGAUGGUCAAAUUGGCGACCUCUGACGUUGCCGCGAUGGAUGUGCCCGUCAAAUACUGCGAAACCUGCUGUAUCUGGCGCCCGCCGCGCUGUUACCACUGCCGAGUGUGCGAUAACUGCGUUGAGACGCUGGAUCAUCAUUGUGUCUGGCUCAACAACUGUGUCGGUCGCCGCAACUAUCGAUAUUUCCUGGCAUUUGUGGCAUGCUCUACGCUACUGGCGUUAUUCUUACUCGGCGCCAGUCUCGCCCAUAUCCUGGUAUAUCGCCACCAGGAACAUGUCAGUUUUGGCACUGCGAUUGACAAAUGGAGAGUCCCUUGGGCUAUGGUGCUGUAUGGCGCGAUUGCUGCGCCAUACCCAGCGUCUCUAUGGGCGUAUCACAUCUUCUUGGUCGGCCGGGGUGAGACGACUAGAGAAUAUUUGAACUCUCACAAGUUUGCCAAGGCCGAUCGCCAUCGUCCCUUCACGCAAGGCAGUGUGAUCCGGAACUGGCUGUCCGUGCUUCUGCGACCGCGACCCCCAACCUACAUGCAAUUCAAGGGUAAUUAUAAUGCAGGUGACCAACGCUUGAGCACUGUAAAGCGAAAAUACCUCCCUCGCCAUGUCGAGCGUCAGCCAGACAUCGAGAUGCAGCGAGUCUCUUCCUCGCAGCCUCAAGAAUGA